GCGAGCGGCUCCCGGGCUUCUCCCUGCCCCGCGCCGCCAUUUUGUUGCUGUGAGACGAGCAUUAGCGGCGGCGGUGGCGGCGCCGGUCCACUGUCACCUUGCAACCUUCCCUCCCUCACUCCCAGCCGCAGCCGCAGCUGUAGGUCAGUCGGUGGUAUCGACACCAGCCCGCUAUCGCGCCUCUAGCAGGGACGGAGCCCGUCACACCUGCCGCUCGCUGCCCGCCACCGUGGAGCCGCCGUACGCCUACAACCCGCCGCCCGUCAGUCUCAUGGAGCAGCCCAUGGUGGCCGCGGGCUCCGAGGAGUUUCCCGAGGGAGCCAAGAUCAACGCCAGCAAAAACCAGGAGGACGAAGGAAAAAUGUUCAUUGGGGGCCUUAGCUGGGAUACAAGCAAGAAGGAUUUGACAGAUUACUUGUCCAGGUUCGGUGAAGUAGUGGACUGUACCAUAAAAAUGGACGCGGUGACGGGACGGUCAAGAGGAUUUGGUUUUGUACUAUUCAGAGAACCUGCAAGUGUGGACAGGGUGUUGGAACUGAAGGAACACAAGCUUGAUGGGAGGCUUAUUGACCCCAAAAGAGCAAAGGCAAUAAAAGGCAAGGAGCCAGCUAAGAAAGUUUUUGUUGGUGGCCUAAGUCCUGAUGUGCCCGAAGAAAUGGUUAAAGACUAUUUUGGAGCAUAUGGAGAGAUUGAAGGCAUUGAACUUCCCAUUGACAACAAGACGAAUGAACGGAGAGGAUUCUGCUUUAUCACAUUCAAGGAAGAAGAACCAGUGAAAAGGCUUUUGGAGAAUAAGUAUCACAAUAUAGGCUCAAGCAAGUGUGAAAUUAAAGUGGCACAGCCCAAGGAAGUCUACAGGCAGCAGCAGCAACGAGGAGGCAGAGGUGGAGGUGGGUUUGGUGGAAGAGGUCGCGGUAGAGGGGGACAAAAUCCGAACUGGAACCAGGGAUACAACAGCUACUGGAAUCAAGGUUAUAGUAGUUACAACAAUGGCUAUAGCAAUCCAGGUUACAAUGGAUAUGGAGGUUAUGAUUACUCUGGGUAUAACUACAACAACUACGGAUAUGCUCCAGAAUAUGAUACCUACAAUAGUGGAGAAACGGAGGUAUAAACAUCAGUAUAGCAGAAGAGCAUGUGAAGAGGAAAUGUUAAACCUGAGAGCAUCUGUGUUUUCCUUUGGGACUUUUGUACCACAUGAAAUCUGAAGUCGACAUCUUUUGUGUCCCAAAUGUAUAUAGCAUCUAAACAUUUUUAUGUUAUAGUUACUUUGCUUUGUACGACUUGAAACGCAUUCCUUAACCUCUGUGUACUGUGAUAGUAUAUAAUAAAGUUGCUACUAACUGGUGUGAUGCAACACUUGUUUGUUGGCGUACACUGUUGUAUGUGCUGCAUUGCAUCUGUUGCUGAAAUAAAUGAGUAUGAAUGCUCAGAUGUUAAGUGGAUUAUUGGGUGGAGAAAAAAAAGGCUUUUGGUUUGCUUCAUAAUUUGACAGUAUAGAGGUAACUUUUGGCUAUAGAUACAGUAACUGGAGAUUCCUUAUCUGAAGACAGUUGUAUUUUGGCCUUGUCUGAAGGAGAAAAUAUAUAAUUUAUUUAUCCUGUUUUUAUGUUGGUAUUAUUCCACAAUCUAAAAAUAUUGUGCAUUAGAUCUGAAAGUUACUCUAGGUUUAGCUGCUUUCCUCCAGCGUAUUGGUCUAGUCUACCCCCCCCCCCCCCCCCCCAUAAACGGAGUAAUUUUGGAAAGAUUUAAAACCUUUGCUAUUAUUCCCUGGCUGGUGUCAAGUUUGUUGAAUAGGAUCUUAUCUACAUGAUUGCAGCCUUUUUUUUGAUGUGGAGUGGGGUGUUGACAGGUUUGCCUCCGACAUACUGGUCUUGCUUUUGAUUUCAUUAAACUACCAUGAUCUACAUUUGUUGACUUUAAACCUUGAGGGUAUUGUGAUGAUUACUGACUUAUUUUUAUGAAUGGAUUUUGCAUUCUGUUAAACCAACUGUGGACAGGCUUUAAUUGUAACUAUUGAAUAAUUUGUUCUGAUGAAUUAGGUUUUCCAUGAAAAUAUAUUAGGAAAUUGAUUGAAUUAGCCCAAGUUGAUACAAUGCCAUGUAGUCUGAUGAAUGGUCCUGAUCUGAAAUGUCGCCUAUCCAUGUUCUCCAGAAAUGCUACCUGAUCUGCUGAGUUACUCCAGUGGUGUCUUUUGAUACCAUGUCAUUUUGGCUUGGAUUAGGUUAGUUUAUUGGAUUUCUAAAAAGAAUGCGUACCAUUUGGGUGACUGGCGUACAACCUUGAUAAAAUUAAAGCAAAUUGAAGAAUCUCUUGCAAAUAUGCAUGGAAAAAUACCUGCAGCAUAAAUGCAUUGAUAUCAGUGUUUUCUACAAGUCAUAGCUGUUUAAUCAACAUUUGAAAGCUUCAGGUUUGCAAGCUGAAAAUUUGAUUCCGUGGCAGGAUGAGCCUAAGGAAGAAUGUUUAUUUUAAAUGUGAAAUGAUCCUGUGGCCUGAGCUGUAACCUUUUCCAGGAAAGAUGCAAUGUGUUGGCAUAGACUUCUAUUAAAGGCAAACAGUAAAUUGACGAUUAAACCAAUCUCCUGCUUUACAAAUAUGUCAGCAGUUUUGUAUCCCUCUGUGCUGGGAUGUAUUAUAACUAGUAGCAAGGACCCAUACAGGAGGUUGAUUGAUUUACACGGAGUUGGGGAGGGGUUAAUACAUCGAUGUGGAUUGUGAAUAAGUUAGUGAACAUAUGGGAAUGAAUCUUCAAUUGGUGAUUAAUACAGUAUUGUCAUUGAUGCUUGGGGCCCCAGCUAUUCAUGAUGUGUUUCAAAGAUUUGGCUGAGGGAAUGAGAAUGCGUUUCUAAACUUGCUGACACAAAGCUAUUGGGGAUUGAGUAGGGAGGAGAGUAAAAUAAAUUUCAUGGGGAUAAAUGGUCAGAGUGGGCAAGGUCAUCACAGAUGUGCUUACCACCAGGGGCGCGGCAGCCCUGGCAACAGUCUGUAUGUUUUUUUGUUUUUUUUUAGUGUGUGUUAAAAGUUUGUGUAAAUGUUCUGUUUGUUUUAUGUGGGGGGAGGGGGAAACUUUUUUAUCAGUGCUUACCCUGCCGGAGAUGCGAUUACUUUUCGGGUCAUGUCUCCGGUUGCUCUGCUGGAGGCCUCGGACUGACCUUGGGACCCACUGCGGGGGGUGGACUUAACAUCGGAGUCGAUCCCUUGCCUGAGACUUUACAUCAGGAGCUCGCAGUCUCGGGAGAGGGUAGUCGGGCGCUCCAACGACGCAGAUGCUCGAUCCGCCCCGACGUGGGGUUCGAUUGCAAGGGAGCGGACAUCCCUCCACCCCCCCCCCCCCCGCCCGGAUGCAGGAGCUGAUCGCCUCGGAGGGCCAAAACGCUGCUGGCUACGGGAGUCAAGAUCGUCCAGUCAACGGAAGGCUCGAGGCCCCUGACCGUGGGAGAGCAAAGGGAAAAGAUUGAACUUUUUUUCGCCUUCCAUCACAGUGAUGAAUGUGGAGGAGUUACUGGUGGACAUUUAUGUUAAAAUGUGUUUUGUGUGUUCCGUUGCUUUUUAUAGUAUGACAGACUUGGCAAAUGAAAUUCCUCGUAUGUUACAAAACAUACUUGGCUAAUAAAGUAUUAUUGUGAUUGUGAAAUGUGGAAAAAUGUUAACCACUUCUAUGCACAAAUGUUUUUCAAUAGUGAGUAAGGUUCAAAGUUUACCCAAGUGCCAUACACAAAUCAACGAUAACCAAUGUGCAGAUAUAGCUUGCCAUUCAGGAUUCAAAUGGUAUACUGGCUUUUAUUGAAGGUUUGCGUACAGGAAUAAAGAUAACCAAUUAUA